AUGGCACCAAAGAAAGCUAAAGGAGGAGGAAAGAAGGGAGGAUCUGGAGGAGAUGAAGGUGGAUCGCACCUGCUACUGAAUCAGCGUCCGAUAGAGGCAGCACCUCCGAAGAUAGACCUAGGCAAGGAGACGCAAAAGUUAGACUCACGGGUAGCAAAAUGCAGAGCUGGCGUUGCAUGGGUCAAUCUGCUGCAGAUCGGAGACACCCUAAAGUUCGGCGUGUACAACGAUCGCCCUGAAAACGACGCGGAAACGAGCAAACUGGUGGCGGCGUUCAAGACCCGCAUCGUGCCUAUGAAAGAAACAUCAGCAAUCCCAAUCAUUGUCGAUCUUAAGCGGGUUGGGAACAAGGACUCACUGUUGCAAACGUUUGAUGAGCCGGAGAAGGUAUGCGAGCUGACAGUGAAGGAUACGAACCCUAUUGUAGUCGCGUCUGGUCAGCAUCGUCUCUCGGCGUUGAGACGAUACGCACAAUCUGUACAAGAUGAGUACGAUUCGCUGGAGAAAAGGAGGAUGAAGAUAAUCGGCAUGCCAAAGCCCUCUGCGGAUCAUGUGCAGCAGCACAAUCAGUACCGAGCAAUUCAGGAAGAAUUACGAUGGACUCUCGACAACAUUGGUCAGUGGGGAGUGAUCGUCUACGAUCAAGAGAAGUUGCUUGCGGACGGGGACGAGUUAGCAAUCCAUUUAAGUCGCAACAAUACGUUACAUGAAUAUGGGGAGACGCACGAGGAGACGCUCGUCCGAGCGUUGAAAAGAGCGAAGGUCGUGUACGAUACCUCGCCUGAAGACACACGAGAUGGUCUGGCGACAAAUAUGCUAGCCGAUAUUCGCACUUCAGCAGAUAAAAACUCACGUUUGCAGAAAGUCCUGCACCAUGACAGGCUAUGCCUGUUUCUCGCGACGCGACUUCUCGCCUUAGGACCACACGUGAGACAUCGACCGGAAUUCUCGGUGACAUGGCUGUCGAAAGCAAUCGAUGUGUGCAUGGGAGUCUAUAUAUCUUGGUUGGAAAUACGCAUCAGCACGUUGAGGAAGUUAGGAUCGAUAGACGAGUUUGCGAGUUAUGAUACUGUGGUGCAGCUCCAGGAGCGAGCCGAGGAAGGGGACGAGGAGGCGAAGAAACAACUGAAGACGUUACGGGAAACGAUGAAGAAGUCGAGCAGUUCGUUCGACAUGUCCAUGUGGACACAAGUCCUAGCAGCCAUGGACAAGCACGCGAAGGAUGCGUUCGGUGAGCUGACGGACAUUAUUGGGGACAUGUCCCCCAAGUACAUCAUGCACCUUAGUUCCUAUCGCUCGAAAGUCAUCAAAACGUUGCGGGACAGGUGGAAUCUUACCUCGCACGCGAAUUUCCAGGACAAUCCAAUUUUAACUCACCUUGACCGCAUCGUUGCACGCGUCGCGCUUCACCUCACGCCUCAGGAAGGCAAGAAAAACGCCCCGGAACCUCUGCUCGGUGGCUUCAUGAUGUCGUACGCUUGGGCGUCGUUCACGAAGAUUGAGAAAGGAAUUGCAGAGGUCUGUCGAUGGUUCGAGACCCUGCUCGACUAUUACCGGAUGCUGCACCCGAAAACCCACACGAUGGACGAUUGGUCCAGCGUGAUGAUGGCUAACAUCGGGAAAGACCCGCGUUUCGUCGACCACGGGCACAAUAACCCAAGGGAGCAUUCGCUUGUGAAACGACCUACCGAAAAGAAAGCCCUCGACGCGGAAUACCUGAAGCUACCAGAGGCCGAGAUACUCGCAAGUGAGGCGCUCUCGAAGUUUCUCACUUCGAAGAGGUCGAAGAAUGGCCCGAAGAGCCGGAACUUAGCGAUGGAAUCGCAAGCGAUUGCAGGAAUGAUGGCCCUGCACACCACGAGCUGGGAUUGGCUUAGUCCGUCCCUCAAGAACGGGACCCGAGACAUCGAGCCGGUCAUGAAGGCCAUCGCAGUUGAAAGGAUGUACCUCACCAAGUACCGUCCCAAGCUCCUCAACGACAAGUACGUCGGGGCACUUCGUAGGCUCAUCGAGCAGGCACUAGCGCCUCGCCUCGAAAAGGUACAAAUCCUAGGUGGGGCAGGUCAGCUCAAAACCGUUCAGGAAUGGGUCUGGUGGGACGGACUCAAACUCGGCGAGUCCCAAAUGGACCCCAAGGAUGUCCUGAAGACGAUCGAAGACACCACCAUCGUUGAACAGCAAAAGACGCGUGACCGUCUUCUGCUCGAGGAGAGGGACCGGGAGGCUCUCAAUAAACUCGUCACAUACGUCAUGGGCAUGCCAUGUGUCCGAUCGACAUCCAGUGCAACCUCCCUGCUAUCCGCAGACGUUGCACAUCCGUUCAUCGACAUGAUUAAAAGGUUGCAUGGUAUAGAAGGGUGCAUAGGUACAUACGUCCGCGGAUGCCACUGUGGCAUCUGCGUCGAAUCAGGGAUAGAACUCAAUGGUGCUAGACUUCGUGAUCGUCUGUUAAACGACGAUCCCACGAAACUGUUUGUCAUCGACGGCCAUUCUGUCGAACUUGGUAUCUCUGUACCGGAGGCAUACGAAGAUCUGUUCACGCAGGGCAAUAAUAGGACAUCGGCCGAACACGGUGCCGACGAAAACUUGGAGGAGGAGCCUGCUCCGAAAAAGAAGAAGAAGAAAGGGAAGAGCCGGGCAGUUCACAUCGACACUCCACCCGUCCCGGAGCAAGACACAGAACCGGAUGAUGCGCCCGCACGCUCUGCGUCUGCUCCUCCUCACAAUGUCGACGAUAACGAUGCUCGUGGGCACAGUCCCAUGACUGGAUCGCAGCAGUCUGACCUUCCUGCAACGUCCAAACCAUCGAAGACUUCGUCCGGUAAGCCAAAGCCUCGUCCCGUCCCUCGCAAACAACGACAAGCAUCCCCUCCUCCCUUGGAUGACGACAUCGAAAUUCUCGACGACUCUCUCAACUCUGGAGGUCACGAUGUUCGCACUAACGAUGACGAUGUUGUCACUCCACGUCCUCCCGUUCGCCCUCUCACCGAAGACAGUGUCUCUUCGGACGGACCGUCUGGUACCGUUGAGACCGACCAAGGCCCCGCCCAGGCCACUGUUCCAUCCGCGGCUGUUUCAACAGGUACUCCAGGUAUUUCCGCCCAAGGAACUGUUGCAUCUGCGGGCGACACGUUAGUACGUCCUCUGUCUUCCGCCGUCGCCACGGUUGCAUCUGUGGCUCAUGACAACGAUGCUGGUGGUAUCUUCACUGGGACCAUCCCGCCCCUUACUCCAUCCCCUGACGGACUCCCUCAUGGAUUCGGGACUGGCGACACCAGUUGGUUUGAUCCCAACGAUGAGGAUGAAGACCAAGAUAUGCAGGAUCGUCGCAGCUCCAGCGAGGAGGACGUGGAGGACGAAGAUACCCGCAGCACAAGUCGUGCAUCUGACGUUGACGACCCUCACGACAAAACAUACGUGCCAACCCAGCCGUUGACGCAAAACUGUUUGCCCCCUCGCAACAAAGAACCUCGCGUCGUCGCAACUGGUCCUACCAAACGUGCGCGUGCUGAAACAGGCGCUUCAUCGUCAUCUUCGACCCAUGGCCGUGGCAGACAGACGAAGAAGAAACCCAAGGUCAACGUCCAAAGCUCCGAUGAAGAGGACGACGAAACAAUUGUCCCGGGCGUUUGA